CAAAGGCAGCAGAUUCAUACAUGAGGUAGUGAGUGAGUUCACCAAAACACCACCACUAUCAUCAUCCAGCUCAUGUCAAAGCGGAAUCACUACCACAAUGUCCUGUUAACAGCGGUCCCGUCGAGCACUCGAAGUCGCCGCUUGGAAACAGCAAUUGCCGUGUUGCUGGCGGAAAAUCCGCUAGUGGGUUUACUGUAGCCAGUGACUGAAUAGACCGGCUGUUGUACUGUGUGAGAUUUUCACUCAUGGCUCUGGUGACCCUGCAGCGCUCGCCCACUCCCAGCGCCGCGUCCACUUCCAGCACCGCCACCACCAACGCGGGCGAGGACUUUGGAAGUGACGAUGAGCGACGGCUAAAUCAGAGUCUAAGCGAGAGUUUCUUCAUGGUGAAAGGGGCGGCUCUGUUUCUGCAGCAGGGUAGUUGUCCGCAAGGUCCGAGAGGUCAACCGCAUCACAAACAUGCAGGUGACUUACCUCAGCAUCUACAGGUGAUGAUCAACAUUCUUCGCUCAGAGGAUCGUAUCAAACUGGCGGUACGGUUAGAGAGCGCAUGGUUAGAUCGUGUGCGGUACAUGGUGGUGGUCUACACAAAUGGUCGGCAGGACACAGAAGAACACAUACUGCUGGGCAUGGACUUCAGCAACAAAGACAGUAAGAACUGCUCUAUAGGGAUGGUGCUGCCCCUGUGGAGUGAUACCAAGAUUCAUUUAGAUGGCGAUGGGGGCUUCAGUGUGACUACAGCAGGACGUAUGCACAUCUUCAAGCCUGUGUCAGUCCAGGCCAUGUGGUCAGCAUUACAGAUCCUACACAAAGUGUGCGAGGUAUCACGCAGGUAUAACUAUUUUCCCGGUGGCAUGGCCCUCACGUGGAUGGGUUACUAUGAGAGCUGUAUCAGCUCCGAUCAAAGCUGCAUCAACGAAUGGAACGCCAUGCAGGACCUGGAAACAUUACGACCGGAUUCUCCCGCAGCCUUCGUAGACAAGCCAACAGAGAGAGAAAGAACCGAAUGCCUAAUCAAAACCAAACUCAGGAGCAUCAUGAUGUGCCAGGACCUGGAAAACGUCACGUCCAAAGAGAUUCGCAUCGUGCUGGAGCAACAAAUGAACCGUAAUCUGAAGGAGUACAAAGAGUUCAUAGACAACGAGAUGCUGCUUAUCCUCGGCCAGAUGGACAAAGCCACUGUCAUCUUUGACCAUCUUUAUCUGGGCUCUGAAUGGAACGCGUCAAACCUAGAGGAACUUCAGGAAACUGGGGUGGGCUACAUCCUGAACGUUACGAGGGAAAUAGACAAUUUCUUCCCAGGAACUUUCUGCUACCACAAUGUCAGAGUGUACGACGAUGAGGCUACUGAUUUACUGGCACACUGGAACGAAACGUACAACUUCAUUGUCAAAGCAAAAAGAAAUCGGUCCAAAUGUUUGGUUCACUGUAAAAUGGGUGUAAGCCGGUCUGCCUCCACAGUUAUAGCCUAUGCCAUGAAAGAAUACGGCUGGUCUUUGGAGAAGGCCUAUAACUUUGUCAAGGAGAAACGUAGUAUCGCCCGCCCCAAUGCCAGCUUCAUGAGACAGCUGGCAGAGUAUGAGGGCAUACUGGAUGCCAGUAAGCAACGUCAUAACCGUCUAUGGCAUCCUGAUUCUGAAUGUGAUCACCCUGACUGCCAGCAGCUCGCGGGCCCUUGUUGUUUAAAUGCAGAGACUGUCACCAACAACCCCACAACUCCUGGGGUGACGAUAUGCUGUGAGCCUGCGGCCCACUCCUCUCCCAUCAGCCUGGAUCUGGACCCCGGCCACCCACAAAACUUCCAUUACUACUUCCGCCGUCUGUCCGACUCCGCCCUCGACAGUGAACCAUCCACGCCCCUUCAGGCGCCACCUUUGGUGGAUGUAGGUCGCCUCUACAUUGAGGUUGCAGAUGUGGAGCAAGACGCGCUUCUCGAUGAAAGUCUUCCAAUACCCCACAUCGCCGUUCCCGGGGAAGGUACGGCCGCUCAGACUUGUUCUCGAGGGGCGGAGCCCCUGGAGGAACUACGUCUGCGGUUGGAGUUCAGCACGGUGGAGGAGGAGGAUGAGGAGGAGGCUCAGAAAGAGCAAGAAGAGAUGGAGGCGUUAGCAGAAGGAGCAAAGAGAGUAGAAAAUGAGGAGGGGGUCGAUCUGGCGAGCCUGAAUCAUCUGUGCAAUGAGAAUUCCAACAACAACAAUCACAUCAGAACGCAACACCAUCUCGCUGAAAGUGUCCAUCUGAAGCUGCAGGCUAAGGAAAGGCUUGGUCCUGGCUCACCGAUCAUUUCCAAGCCCACCCAGAGUGCUCUGUUAGAGGCUAACAGACGAGGCCUCGCCCCUUUACCACUUCACAGCGUGCCCAGUAUCUCCAUUCUAAUACCAGCCUGUGCCAACUCUGUAUGUGGCCAGCAUGCAUCCAAUCCGUGCCUUGAUGCCAAUGCAAUUCCUUUGAGGCAUAAUGACGAGCCAGAAAGCAAAUCCAUCGAUGAUCCCAACCAGGAUAAUGGGACACCACAGCAGGUGAACAAGGCAGAUUUAAAGCAAAAAGGGAUUGGUACACAGGGUCUACCUGGGAAUGAGAGAGACAUUAAAGGUUCAGAUGUCACUUGCUCACCACAGCAACUAGAAACUCUAACGCAAUUGCAAAGAUCCGGGCUUGUUCGCCGCCGCACGGAACGCUUGGAAAAACUCUCCGGACUUUUCCAGGAGCGUGCACGUGCGAACGAGCAUCGUUGUGCUGAGGAUGCAACAAACAAUUCGAUUGACGCGUGUCGGACAAGAACAGAUUUUUCUACUGAAGCUGCGGUCCCACUGACCAACGAGACCUUGAUGGCCGCUCUAGGUUCAGGCGGACUGACGCCUGUCUCGUCCCCGCACGGUUCCACUCUCACUCGCAGCUCCAGUAGCGACAGCCUCCGCAGCGUCCGUGGAAAACCGGGACUGGUGCGCCAGCGCGCACAAGAAAUCGAGGCUCGAUUGCGUCUGGCGGGACUUACCGUACCGUCUCACCUCAAACGUUCCAACUCUCUCGCCAAACUGGGUAGCCUCACGUUUUCCUCGGAGGAUUUGUGUUCGGCUUGCUCCGAUGCAGAAACCCUUCUCAUGCUCUCGCUGUCUCCGGAACCCGAGCGAUCCAUCAGCCCAGACUGGGCCAGGCCCUGGCAGUCUUCCCCUCCCUCAACAUCCACCAACAUGGGUAGCACCUACCAAGCAAAAGCCGGGGAGUCUGGGAGCUGACGUCAAAAAUUGGAUAUUUUAAAUGUAACACGAUUUUUGGUUUAGUUAUGCAACCAUUGGGGAGAUAUUUAUACAUUUCAGUCACUUUUGUGAAGUUUUUAAAGUGAGAAAGCAGGUUAAGCAUUCCUUUGAAUUGGUAAUAAUAAGUAUCCCAAAUUUUCCUUGCAUGGACUCCAAAUGUUGCACUUUGCGGCACUCUCGCCAGUCCUGUUGUUUUGAAAGCAAAACAAGCCAUCCAAUUCCAAAGGCUUUUACAGAAAGAGUCAAAAUAGACCAUUGUGUAAUGUUUCCAUCAGUCCGCCUAUUUACCAUGCUACAAAUCACUUAUCUCUGACCCCGAAUGAGUCACGAAUUCCUUCAGACAUGGUCACAAAUGUAAAAAGCUUUUUUAAAGCCGUUCUCCCUACUGAGCUUACACUUCCUGACUGUACUGUAAAAGGAAAAGAAGUCUUGUUUAGGACAUUUCUUUGCGUGCUGACAGACAUGAAUGUGCACGAGAAACCUCAGUUCUUCCACAUACUUCUCUUUUAUCAUAUGCAGAACACUGAUCAUUUAUACACAAAUCUUCAAAUCAAUACCUCAUUACAGUACAGUAAUGUUUGUAGGCCAGGGACUCGGGACAAGAUAUUGAUGCAGGGCCAGGGGCGAAUUUGGCCCAUGCAGAUAGCAAAACAUGGCGACUGGUGACUUUAGUGUUCACAGUGCAUUGUGUGUGUGAAGGGUCACUAAGAUCACCAAGAGGAGAUUUGUUUUUAAAAUCUUCAUCUUAUUCUCGAUGAGGGUGUUAUGAAAGACAAUCAUUCAGAAGUGAAGGGAAGUCGAGUAACUAAUUUCACUAAAACGCUUGUAGAUGCAGUUGUUGUUUCUCUGAAGAAUGCAACUGUGUAGCAUGAAUUUAGGAUUGCUUGUUUCUAGUAUUUUUUCAGAGCAGUGGGAUUUUUCCGGAAAUCAUGCAUUGCAAAAAAUGAUUUUCAAGAAAAAAAAAUCUUAGUAUGUU